AUGAUUGAAGACCUCAUUGCCCAAAUGCCCCUUGGGAUGGCGACUCUCUACCUCCUGGGGGCCUUCUUCCUUAUCUGCUUGCUCCGUAAGGCACAAGUGUCGACGCAAAUUUCAAUGCUAGGAUACAGAGCUCCUAGAGUUGGCUUCCGUCUGCCAUAUGCCAUCGAUUUCAUCUAUAAAGCGUUAAAAGCCCACAAUAUUCACGAAGACCUUGAAUUCUGGCAUCAAGCCAUUCGCACCGCCAAAGGAGCAUCGAAAAUUGACCAUGUCAAGACCGCGGAGGUGGACGGAGGCGUCUCCAAUCGGGUGAUUCUAACCAAGGACCCUGAGAACAUCAAAGCUCUUCUCACCGGACAGUUUGCAGAUUAUGGGAAAGGGGAGCCUUUCCAUCGCGAGUGGAAGGAGUUCCUUGGGGACAGUAUCUUCGCUACUGACGGUGAACUGUGGUCGCGUUCACGCCAUCUUAUCCGACCCAUGUUCGCCCGGGAGCGCAUUGUCGACACCGAGAUCUUCGAGAAGCACGUUCAGCACCUCAUUCCCUUGCUGGCGGGGAGCGACGCACCCGGCGGAAGCAAGAAAGUCGAUGUCGGUUCUCUGUUCUUCCGUUUCACUUUGGAUGCGGCAACGGAUUAUCUCUUGGGUCAAGGCACGGAUAGUCUGCAAAACCCCGAGACCAGAUUUGCAGAGGCAUUCAGAUAUGUGCAGAGCCGUCAGUCGGAGUUGUUUCGUUUGGGGUCUCGUCACUCAAUCAUGACCAAAGCAUCCCCACUGACACCCGACUCGCUCAGCGUCUUUAGCUUCAUCCUCUCCAAGAGAAAAUUUCGGCAGGAGCUCAAAGUGAUGGAUAGCUUCCUCCAACCAUACAUCGACCGGGUGCUUUCAUUAACACCUUCCGAACUCGACCAGAAGCUCACCAAACAGGAAUCCUUCCUCGACGCCCUGGCCCGCUUCACUCGAGAUCCACGCGUCCUACGCGAUCAGCUCGUUGCCGUCCUCCUUGCCGGACGCGACACAACAGCCGCAACGCUAUCCUUCUGCGUCUUCGAACUCGCCCGCAAUCCACACGUCGUUGCCAAACUGCGCCAGGAGAUCGACGCCCGUCUCGGCCUCGGCCCCAAGGGCCGUAAACCCACCUACAACGACCUCAAGGAAAUGAAAUACCUCAGCGCCGUCCUCAACGAGACCAUGCGACUGUACCCAGUCGUCCCGUUCAACGUCCGCUAUUCCCUCCGCGACACCACCCUCCCGCGUGGCGGCGGGCCUGACGGGCUCUCCCCCAUCGGCGUGCGCGCCAACACCCGCAUCAUCUACUCGACGAUGAUCAUGCAGCGAAGCGCGGAGAACUACGACCCCCCGGGCUCGCCGACGUACUUCGACCCGGAAAAGUGGCUCCCGAACGCUGGCUGUCUGCCUGGCAACCUCGGCCCUGGCAUUUCAUCCCCUUCAAUGGAGGGCCGCGGAUCUGCAUCGGGCAGCAGUUUGCUACCAUCGAGAUGGGUUACACGAUUGUGCGCAUUCUGCAAGCCUUUGAGUCCGUCUGCGCCUUGCCUGCCAAUGGGAAGAAUCGGGUCGAGGACCCUGUUCUGCGGUUUGAGGUUACGCUCAGCCCUGGUUCGGAAUUGA